CACAACUGAAAAUCUUCCAUUUCCCUUAAACCCUCAAUAGAAACCCUAGGAAAAAAAAUUAAUGGGUUCUCUUCCAAACCCUUUUCUUCCUACUUCUUCAACAACACUUACCUCUCCUCCUCCAUCAAAACGUCGCAGACGCCCAAGAAUCAUCCUCUGCUCCAUCACUCCAGACCCUUGGAUUCUUAGUGAUGGAAACGGAAAUUACAACCCUAAAGCUUACAAGAAGCAUCGUAAGAAGCCUCUCUCCGACGAUAACGCUCGUCGGAUUAUCAAAGCCAAGGCUCGUUACUUGAGUGUACUGAGGAGGAAUCAAGGCUCCCAUGCUCAGACACCCAAAUGGAUUCAGAGGACGCCGGAGCAGAUGAUUCAGUACCUGGAAGACGAUAGGGAUGGGCAUUUGUAUGGAAAACAUGUCGUUGCUGCGAUUCGAAUUGUUCGAAAUCUCUCGACGAAGCCUGAAGGGUCAUACAAUAUGAGAGAAGUGAUGGCUUCUUUCGUUACGAAGUUAACGUUCCGGGAGAUGUGUGUCGUGUUGAAGGAGCAGAAGGGGUGGAGGCAAGUCCGUGAUUUCUUUGCUUGGAUGAAAUUGCAGCUUAGCUAUCGGCCCUGUGUCAUUGUCUACACAAUCGUUUUGCGUAUAUAUGGCCAAGUUGGAAAGAUCAAGCUUGCUGAACAGAUAUUCUUGGAGAUGCUUGAAGCAGGAUGUGAGCCAGAUGAAGUUGCUUGUGGUACCAUGCUUUGUGCCUACGCAAGAUGGGGACACCAUAAAGCGAUGUUGGCAUUUUACUCGGCUGUGAGAGAACGGGAAAUAGUACCCUCUGUCUCUGUAUUUAAUUUCAUGAUUUCAUCUUUGCAAAAGAGAUCUCUUCAUGGAAAGGUUAUCCAGCUGUGGCAGCAGAUGGUCGACACAAGGGUGGCACCCAACCAUUUCACUUAUACAGUUGUCAUUGGCUCAUAUGCUAAAGAAGGUACCAAAAAUGAGGCUUUUGAACUGUUUGAUGGGAUGAAGAAGUCUGGAUUUGUUCCUGAGGAGGCAACUUACAGCCUCCUUAUCAGCUUAAGUGCCAAGCACCGAAUUAGAGAUGAAGCGCUGAAGCUUUACGAGGACAUGAGAUCUCAGGGGAUAGUUCCUAGUAACUACACUUGUGCUUCACUCCUAACUCUAUAUUAUAAAAAUGGGGACUAUUCUAAAGCUCUUUCUCUCUUCUCAGAGAUGCAGAACAAUAAUAUUGCCAUUGAUGAAGUCAUCUAUGGUUUACUUGUUAGGAUAUAUGGCAAACUUGGUCUGUAUGAGGAUGCAGAGAAGACUUUUCAAGAGAUUGAGCAGUUAGGCCUACUUAAUGAUGAGAAAACUUACGUAACAAUGGCACAGGUCCAUCUGAAUGCGGGGAAUUUUGAUAAAGCUUUGCAUAUUUUGGAGCUGAUGCGGACUAGGAAUAUUUGGUUCUCUAGAUUUGCGUACAUUGUAUUACUUCAAUGUUAUGUUUUGAAGGAAGAUGUGGGAUCUGCUGAAGCUACAUUCCAGGCUCUAUCUAAGACGGGAGUUCCUGAUGCAGCUUCCUGCAAGGACAUGCUUGGUUUGUAUGUUAGACUGGGUUUUCUGGAAAAGGCAAAGGCCUUUAUUGUUGGGAUGAGGAAAGGAGGAGUUCAAUUUGAUGAGGACCUGUACAAGACAGUAUUGAAGUUCUGUUGCAAAGAGGGGAUGCUAAGAGAUGCCGAACAAUUAAUAGAAAUGGGGAAUAUAGGAUUGGAUAAAUUCACACAAACAUGCUUGAUGGUUAUGUAUGGAGAAUCAAAGAAACUAGAGAAUUAUGAUAAUACAUAUGAUGACUUGAAACAACCUGACUUGAUGGCUCUGGGUCUGAUGCUUAGUUUGUAUUUGGCAGUUGGCAAUGCCGGUAAGACUGAAUAUAUUCUAAAGAUGUUGUUGGAGACUACUGGUGGCUUGUCAGUAGCCAAUCAACUCAUCAGCAAAUUUAUUAGGGAAGGUGAUACAUCUAAGGCAGAAGCACUCUACAAUCAAGUGGCAAACCUAGGCAGCAUGCCUGAAGCUGUGGUUAGUGCUUCCAUGAUCAGUUUGUAUGGUAAACAACAUCAAGUGACACGAGCUCAAGAAGUCUUUGCAAAAGUGGUUAAUUCCCCUGCAACUGGGAAACUUGUCUAUAUGUCUAUGAUUGAUGCAUGUUUGAAGUGCGGUAGACCAGUGGAGGCGUGCCAGGUUUACAAAGAAAUGGUUGAGAAGGGGCAUGCUGCGGAUGCUGUCACCAUCAGCAGAAUUGUGAAUUCUUUGACUAAUUAUGGUAAACACCAAGACUCAGAGAGUAUUAUCAUUAAAAGUCUUGAAGAUGGAGAGGAGCUUGAUACUGUGGCAUACAACACUUUUAUCAAGGCAAUGCUAGAAGCAGGGAAAUUGAACUUUGCUGUGAAAAUUUAUGACCGCAUGCUUUCCUUGGGAGUUGCUCCAUCAAUUCAGACAUAUAGCACCAUGAUAAGUGUGUAUGGACGAGGUAGAAAGUUAGACAAAGCUGUAGAGAUGUUCAACAUGGCAAGCAGCUUGGGUGAUUCCUUGGAUGAGAAGGCAUACACCAAUUUGAUCAGCUAUUAUGGGAAGGCUGGUAAGAGUGAAGAGGCAUCCAUUUUGUUCAGCAAGAUGCAGGAAAAAGGAAUAAAACCUGGGAAGGUAAGCUACAACAUCAUGAUCAAUGUUUAUGCUACAGCUGGGCUUGACUGUGAAGCAGAAAAGCUUUUCCUAGCCAUGCAGGAGAAUGGUUGCUCUCCUGAUUCCUUAACCUUCCUUGCACUUAUUCGAGCUUACACAGGGAGUGGCAAAUACUCAGAGGCAGAGGAAACCAUCAGCUCCAUGCAGAGAGAAGGGAUAUUGCCUUCUUGUGCUCACUAUAACCACCUACUCUUCGCCUUCACAAAAGCAGGAUUAAUUGAAGAGGCUGAAAGGCUAUACAAAAAGCUCAUGGGAGCUGGUUUGACUCCUGACCUAGCCUUUUGCCGAACUAUGCUGAGGGGUUACAUGGAUUAUGGUUAUCUGGAGGAAGGUAUUUCCUUCUUCGAACAUGUUAGUGGGACUGUUGAACCAGAUAGAUUUAUACUGAGUGCUGCUACUCAUCUUUACCAGUUCGCAGGCAAGGAACCUGAAGCUGCUGCCAUUUUGAAAUCCAUGAAUAUGCUGGGAAUCGUCUUUCUCGAAAACCUUGAAGUUGGCUCUAAGACAAAAAUUUAACUGAGAUUCUUAGAAGUUAAUCGUUUCUUACUGCUAGAGUUGUGGAGACAGAGAGGGGGAUUUACCGAAAGAAACGACAGAGAAGGGGAUUAAGUGCAUAAGGUUCAUAAAUGAUUGAAAGAAAGAAAGAAAACCUCUUCAUAUGUUAGGAAUGGUAACCAUGAUUGGACAAAUUGUGAUAUCGGCGCCUUCGGUUAUGACUGUAAUAGUGGAUGGUGGCAGUGAAGGAAAUUGCAGCAGAAUGAAGAUAAUUGUUUGUGAUACGUGUAAAUUGAGAAGAUCUCUCUCAAUUAACAUUUGAUUCCCUUCAGCCCUUCACAGAGGUUGUGGAAGAGCUCCUCUAACAUGAGUAAAGAUCCAAGAUUGUAUCAAAAACUAACAGAUUUUGGGCUACUGGAGCUGUCAGGACCAACUAAACCCUAUCCCAUUAUGGAAAUCAACCCCAAUCAACUGAUCAGUGUUCUUAAGCAGUCUAUGGGCAACUCCCUAGGGGUACAAUUAUUUUUGUUCAAGCAACAUGUUUGGGGCAGCAGUGUCACUGUGGCUAAGCAAAGAUGGAUGUCUCAAAUAGUAUGAUUAAAUGGGACGAUUGGACUGGUUUCAUGAACUCUUCAAUGAUUAAUCUGAAGCAAAUGGUCUGUCCUGCUUGCUUUAAGUCUGGAACAAAAAAAUAAAUAUAUAGUCUUCUAGUUUGUUUUCCUGUGCUAGUAUCUUCUUGUUCAUCUGUAUCAAUGUAAUAGAGGGAGAACCAGAAAAUUUCGCCUAUUAAGGAUGAAUUUGAGAUUGUAAUUAAAUAUUUACGAUGUCAAUCUGCUGUACAGAUACUGAUACACAGUAAUAUUGAGUCAUAGUACCAUAUUUCUAUAUGAAAAAAUCCUUCGCUGUUUACCUGUG